CUGGCGGGGGAAGUGAUAGCGGGACCUCGGGUGGUGAACACAGGGCCCGGGGAAGAGGACGAUAUGGAACUGGAAGGGGAAAAAGGGAUCAUUAUCGAGGCCGUGGCCGCGGCUAUCAACCUACCCCAUUUGGAAGGGGCCAGGAUGAAGGGAACAGGAUGGAUGAGGAUGAGGAUGAGGGGAUGGAGGUUUUCACCAAGAGGAAAUUGGAGUCUAACUGGGAUCGUUACAAGGAGUCAGAGAAGGAGGAGCCUAGUGAUGAUACGCCCACACAGAGAGGGACUGACUACCACGUCCUCCUCGAAUCAGCAGGGGACUCCUUCACUCAAUUCCGCUUUGCUGAGGAGAAGGAGUGGGAUAUUGACUCAUUGGCAGCCAAUCAGUUUUCAGCAGUGUUUGUGGACCUCCCAGCCCUGGCCCAGUCUCUACAAGAGCUGCCUCUUCACCAGAGGCUGAACCUGGAGGCUGAACUAGUUCAGGUGACCUCUCCGGUGGAGCUACCCACUAUGACCAUGGCACCCAAACAGAACUCUGUAGCGCUGGGUCUGUUUAAGUCUCCUGUCCCAGGAGUCCCAGCAGCUCAGAAAGGCCUUCGUCCAAGCCUGGGUGUUUCCUGUGCCGUGAGCACAGCCCCAGGCGCUGUUCCUCUGGGCUCCUCAGCUGCCAAGACCCCUGUGGUGGAUGACAUGGAUAAGGAUUUGGACCAGCUGCUCAGUCUACAGAGCUCAGACUCAGAACCUUCACUGUCCCAAACUGGCAGGCUUGUUGAGGUUCCAAAUGAACCAGCAGUAGAGGAGAGGGAGGAGCUUGUUCCAGAGGAGGAGCUUAAGAAGCAGGAGACACAGCAGGCCAAGGAGGAGAUUCAGAAGGAGGAGGUGGCUGCACCUCCCAAGGCAGCGGUAGCAAAGGAGGUGGUGACAGAGGAGGACCUGGAAGACUGGCUAGACAGCAUGAUCUCCUGACCCCUGAACUCUAACCUUUGACCCUGUCUGACCUAGGAGAAGGACCGUCCAGUCCCCCUCAGCCCUUAUCACAUGAUAACGAGUACAUCCCUCAGCCCCUAACAGUCUUACAUCAUAUUCUAAUCCAUCACAGUGAAGACAUGAAGCACUGCUUAUACAACAGCAGAUUCAUUAAUAUACUUUUCAUAAGAUCGACUUUGGAUGAAGGCAUUGUUGGGAGUUCUUUCCCUCCCAUUUGACUGAUUCACAUCAAGUCCCAUGUGUUCUCCAUCCUACCGACUACCCUGGAUGGGUGUAGCAGCAGAGCUCUGUGAGCUGUACCGGAUUUCCUAUUCCUUGUCAGACACGGAAAGGGGCUCACACACAGACAGACACAUUUUCCCCUCUGAAAGGUUUCUGUAAUUGGAUCGAUGUUGUGAGUUAGUUGACAGCCCAUGGAAUACAGACAUGGUUUAUUGCAUUGGUUAAUUUAUUCAUUUCCACCCCCCCCCCCCUCUUUCCUUCUCAAAAAGAAAUGCAGGUUUCCCAAAGCUACUACAUAUAAAUGGCCAUACAAUAGCAGUUCACUGUUCAAUAAAUUUUUUUCUUCAGCGUGUAAUUUCUACUAUGGAAAGAAAGGUGUACAGGCAGACAAUGGGCACUGUAGUUUGGGAACAAAUCCAAACUGAGAAACAAUUACACAAUGGGUAUCUAGAUAUAUAUUUUUUUCUUCUAAAAAGCUAUCCCUACUGUAGCUAGGUAAUUCUAAUCCAUAACCUAGAGCACGAAGGGUGUCAAGUUCUCAUUUUAAGGCACAUUGGCACUUUAUAAACACCUAUAAUGGGCUCAAGACUUACCCUUGAGGGACCCCUUUUUUAAAUUCCUCAUCUCAACAAGCUAAUUAGAUUCAGACUCAAGUUCAAUAAAAGGUAGAAUUAGGUCUAAUUUAAUUUCUAGUCAAGUUUCAUCACUAUCACCACCACAAUUCACAUUGUAGCGUUUUGGUUCUCAGGUAAUAUCUUGUGUUUUGGUUAAUAUCUUGGGUAUUAAUCUCAUGGCUUGUACAUUCAAUCACUCCUCAAGCUGUAACCCUACAUAUAUCAAUGUCUCCACUCUACCACACAACACACAUUGUGCAACAGUUUUGGGGGUAAGCAAGUGAAAAGGGUAACGUGUCAUAACAAAUCAAAUGAAUAUAACCAUUUGUGUUCAAAGAGCAAACAAGGUGUUGCCGUGACAGGUGACCUAUCUUCACAAUGAAAAUUGAAACACCAAGUCCAGUCAUCAUCUUCAUCAACCUCAGUCUCUCCUCAGUAGUGGCUGGCCAGUUCUUUAGGUGAUACUGUAUGAUGGAUACAAUGGCAGCAGAAGUAGUGGCUGGCCAGUUCAUUAGGUGAUACUGUAUGAUGGAUUCAAUGGCAGCAGAAGAGCUAAGUGGAGCUAGAUGUCAUGUUCCAUUAAGGUUCAAGUGAGAGUCUUUACCAGAUAGUGUUGGGUGGUGUUCUGGUGUCCUCUACCCAGAUAGUGUUGUGGGGUAGCUGGGUAGUGUUCUGGUGUCCUCUCUACCCAGAUAGUGUUGUAGGGUAGUGUUCUGGUGUCCUCUACCCAGAUAGUGUUGUAGGGUAGUGUUCUGGUGUCCUCUUUACCCAGAUAGUGUUGUAGGGUAGUGUUCUGGUGUCCUCUCUACCCAGAUAGUGUUGUAGGGUAGUGUUCUGGUGUCCUCUUUACCCAGAUAGUGUUGUAGGGUAGUGUUCUGGUGUCCUCUCUACCCAGAUAGUGUUGUAGGGUAGUGUUCUGGUGUCCUCUCUACCCAGAUAGUGUUGUAGGGUAGUGUUCUGGUGUCCUCUACCCAGAUAGUGUUGUAGGGUAGUGUUCUGGUGUCCUCUCU